ACAGCUUUCGUCGAUGAGGAUGGUGCCAUCCAAUUUUAAACAAUCUACUCCCCCCUCCCCGCGACGCGAACCCCCUUCUUUUUAACCGUGGUGUCGUUUAUUGACUAGAUGGUGGUGGGCUAUUGUUUUUUGCUGUGCUGUUAUUCAGUCGAUUCUUUUUCUCGCUAGGAAAAAUGUGGUCCUGUCAAUUUUCCAAAACUUGGUAGGCCCUUACCCACGUUUCCUCUCCGCUGACUAGUCAAAAACGAAACGCAAGCUGACGAUUCCUGGUUGGUUAAUGCUGUUUUCAUCAGCCGCUGAUUUAAAAGCCUGUUUGGACCAUAGAGAUGGAAGGAAUUCCCUCGAAAGCAAGCUGUAAAUAUGCCCUUCUCGAAGAUGGCGGAGGUGGGUUCGCUUUUCCCUUUUCGCUGCCUCGAGGUCUCGCGGGGUUUCACUGAAAGGAUGGUGCACGGCGCGUGGGCCUCUUUUGAUAUAGAGUGACUUUAAACAGGAAUUAUGGCAGCUUUGGAUAAAAUAAAAGCAAAAAAGACUCUGGGAACUGUUGAUUAUGUGGAAUCAUCUGAAUUUGCACAAGGAAUUCUGCCUACAAAGAAGGAUGUCAUUCAAAACAUGUUGUAUUUGUUGCAUCCAAAAAGGGCUGGACAAGCACAACGAUCCAAAGAAGAUGCUGCCCAAUUGCUUGCUGAACUUUUGCAGGAACACUGGUUGUUUUGCAAUCUAUAUACCAUAGCAACACAGAGCAUAAAGAAGCAUAUUCUGAAAGUAUAUGAAGAAUUCUCAAAGUUAUACCAAUCCAGAAAGCGAAGAAAAAAUGAACUGUUUAUUCAGAAAGCAGAUGACUUCAAUAGGAGUUCAGAACAGCUUUUUGAUAUAUUUUGUACAGACACUGUUACACGAGAGAAAUUGGAGCAAUGCAGUGGUGUUAAGAUGACAGAUACUGAAUGGAAAUUCCUUGAAGACCAGAGGAAUGAGAGAAAAAUGUACUUUGAGGACUUUGUGGACAAAAAACAAAUGGAAACAAUAGAAAGACGGAGAAAGGUUGAGUCUUUAGAGAAUUUUAGGAAAAUUGCAGAGGAAGAGAAAGAAGCUCGUAAGCGGAAAGAAAUGACUUCAAACAGGGAUGAACAGUCAGUUGAAGAUGUUAAUAAGAAUAAAGAUGACUCCUGUCUUGAAUACAACAAGGGAAUUGGAGGGUUUUCAGAUAAAGCAAAAAGAAAGCGUAUGUCGUCUUGUUGGGUAACUGGGACAGCAACUUCAACCACUUACAAUGAAUCAGUUCCUUCUGAAAAUCAGCAUCUACGUAUGAAUAUCAGAAAAGUCAGACCAGGAUUCUAUGAGACUUUUGACAAACACAAGAACUGCUAGUUUGGUAUCUGAACUCUGGAGGAAUUAACUUAGAUCUUAAAGUACCCAAGUUAUUUGGGAAUUGGUGUAGAUAAUUAUGUUGGGCUCCAUUAUUGUGCAACAGCAGCACCAAAAGGAUUGGUAAAAAUAGUCCAUGGAAAAGGUUAAGAUGAUAGUCAUUUAGUUUUAUAGCAAUAUAUUCACAGAGAGAAAAUAUUAGUUAUGAAAAACAAUAACAGUUGCAAAAAAAAUCUGAAGUUCCAGUGCUUAUAAGCUUAAAAAAAUAAAGUAGAUAUGAACUGGUUACAUUCCAUGAGAAUAAUGUAUGUAUUUCAACAAACUGCUUAGGAAGAUAAUGCUUUAUCCGUUAUGUACAGCAAUUGAAUCAGACCUGGCAUACUAAAAACCUUUUGCUAAAAACAUAAUAUGGAGGUCUGAGAAAGAAAAAAAAAAUGAAGAGUAAAUUAAUUAAAUAAUGUAUUCCAGCUCUGCAUCUCUGGAGAUUGGAAGACCAUAUCCAAUUUAUUAACCUAAGAAGCUAUACAUGGCUAUUGAAAGGAAGACAAUUUAUAGUCUUGUAACAUUGGAAUAUUGAGGAUCACAGUAAACUGCAAACUCAAACCAUGACAACUAAAACUGUGUCCCUUAAGGAAAAAUAAUAAUUGGUCCCAGUGAUUCAGAAAGUGCUGUUAUUUUCUAGAGGAAAAAGAAAACAAAAACCUGUCUGGCCCUAAGAGAUGUAGUAUAUAUAACUUGCAGUUGAUACAUUGAGAUUUGAAUGGUUUUAGGUGUUUGCACAAAAAGUUAUGUUAUUUGACCUAGUAGGUAAGUAGUUGUUAAGAGACACAUUGGCAAACCAGUUCUUGUAGAUAAUUUGAUAGCUUAUUGGAAGAAAACAGGAAUUUUAAACAAUGGCUUUAGAUUCCAGAUGUGCUGGUGACAGCUAUCAUUUUUCUGAAUUCUUGGCAAUUAAAUAACAGUGAUAAUUAUGUAAAAAAAAAUCUGAGGUUAAAAGUAAGAUGUGUAAGACACAAUAUGAUAACAAGGUGAAAUUGCCUAAAGGUUAAAGAAAAAAGUCUCAGACUGAUAAUUUUGAAUGUGUAAACUGAUAUUUGCAACAACAAAUAUCUAGCUACUUAGUCAUACCAACUGACUUUGUAUAUUAAUUGUUGAUUCUUUAAAGAUUUAAAACUUAAAAUAGUUUCAAAUCUUUACCUUAUAAUUCUAGCAUAGUCCCAGGGCGAGAUAGGCAGCAAAUGAAUUCAAUAAUUCUGCAUAAAUUAGGUAGAUACAUUACAAGAGCUGUGGUGGCACAGUGAUUAGAAUGCAGUACUGCAGGAUAACUCUGCCAUCAUCCAGGAGUUCAAACCUGACCAGCUCAAGGUUGACAGCCUUCCAUCGUUCUGAGGUUGGUAAAAUGAGGAUCCAGAUUGUUGGGGGCAAUAUGCUGAUAUUUGUAAACUGCUCAGAGAGUUCUGUACUAGCACUAUAGAGUGAUACAUAAGUCUAAGUGCUAUUGCUAUUUGUUUUACAUCAAAGCUUUUUUCUGUAUUUUUAGCAUUAAAUUUUCCAUGUAUUCCCCUAUAACAACAUGACUACUAAAAUAAACAGUACACACAGUACAAGUGAAUAUAUGAUUAAGUGAGUCCAAACUGAUUUUAGUUAUGUAAUUGUUUUGUAAGAAAAAUAUCAAUUUAAAUGCUAAAAUAGCAACAAAAAAUUAAGAAAAGCAGUGUUGGAAUUAAGCAUAUUGGUUAACUGUGUGCCUCUGGGAAGCCUCCAAAUAAGGUGCUGUAUGUUGAUAAUAACCCCUAUUAAAAUUGUUCUUUAGAUACUGGAAUUCAGAGGCAUAAACAUACCCUGGAAAAUGGCAAUGAGAAACCUGCCUAGAAAACUAUAUAAUCAUCGGGAAUGAAGCUUUACUCUUAACGUCUGGCAUUUAGAGCCGUAUAACUUCUAAUUAUUCAUAUUCUGAUACUCCCAAGAAUGUUUUGAAUCCUUUAAAAUUAUCUAAAAAGUGACUUGUUUUAUAAAAUGAAUUUACAUGAUUAAAUUAAGUGGUGUAUAAUGUGGGAUAGCUUCUUGAAUUUCCCACCAUUUACCUUCACCUGAUGAUCUCAGAUUCUGGUGUUAUGAAGGAGAAAACAAAACAGACUUAGUUGAGAAGCUUAAUAGAGUAAAUGGGGGAAAUGAGUCAUGGGCCUUAUUUUUUUCUUUGAAAGUCCUGAAGAUUAAGGAAUAUACAAAAUAAAUCACUUGAGAAGUUUUUAUAUAGGAUGUAGUAUAAACACUUUAGAAUAAUGGAAACUGAGAAUGAAAUCUUGAGAAUGGGAAAUGUAUGCCUCCUAGGUUAAUUCCUUCAUACCUACCUUUU